GUGCCUUAUGUGUUGUUAGCAGGUUUUCCAAAGUCUGGCACCACGGACUUCCACAACCGUCUUCUAGCACAUCCGCUCAUCGCACCACCGUGGACCAAAGAGCCCCACUACUGGACCCGUGACUUGUUCUCCAUGCAAUGUGCGACACAGGCGGCACACAACAGGUUUGAUAGCAAAAUUCUGCCUAUCCUAGGGUCUGAUAGCAAAAUUCUGCCUAUUCUAGGGUCUUAUGACUGCUUCUAUCGUGAAUACGCCAAGACAUUUUUCUCAGACGCGACAACAGCAAUCGUGACCAACAGAGGUGUCGGUGACUCGAAGCUGAAAGGGUGGAAUUAUCCAGAAACCACCAAUAACAGCCAAGCUACAAAAACAUCGCUAGCAGGCGUAGACUACCCUAUGAUCACAAUAGACAGUAGCGCCUCCAGUUUCUGGGACUCCAACAACUGGGACCAGAUCAAAGAGAACCAGAACUGCUCACAACCGGUCUACCUGACAGCUGACCUUAUCCUCAGGAUGAACCCGAACAUCCGCGUCAUCGUCUUGAUGAGGGAACCGGUGGAGAGAUUGUACUCCGACUACCUGUUUUUCUCGAGCACCAAGACGCCCGAAGAUUUCCACUCGAGGGUCAACAGUUUCAUCUACCACUUCAAUGUCUGCCUGAGUCGACACUCUGUCCGGCACUGUGCCUUUGAUGUCAGGAACAUGAAGCACUUCUGGGGUCGUGCACGGCUGGAUGUUGGCCUGUAUGAUUUGUAUGUUUCCGAUUGGCUGGAGAGGCUACCUAGGGACAGGCUCCUCAUCAUCAGGACAGAGGACUACAGCAACAACACACGCCACUACAUACAGCAGGCCUUCGAUUUUCUACAGCUACCUCAGCUCACUGACAAGGCCAUGUCAGAAAUGGCCACCAUGAGCCGGGCCAACACAAACAUGGCCAAAAACUCAAAGCCACCCAUGUUUGAAGAAACCAAAAAGAUCCUGACAAACUUCUACGCCAAACACAAGCAAAAUCUGGCCAAACUUUUGGAUGAUGACAGGUUUCUGUGGAGAGAUGUGUAGCACUAUGGAGGGAUGUGUAGUACUACAGGCAAGAGACUGCUCAUAAAACUACAGGAAGCGGCAUCAGGAAAUUAUCUCUACUUCGUUCUUAAUUGUAUCAUUGGCUGA